CCCAAAAGUGACUUGCAAGUCAAGUCCUCGACUACUUUUCCUUUUUUCUUCUUUUUCUCCUAACAAAGAGAAACCGCUCUCUUUCCACAGGAUAACAGACAAACCUCCAUCUUCAAACCAAAAAUGGAGAAACCAAACACCAUUUGCUCACACCUUCAAUCACUACUCACUUUCUCCUUCUUCUUCUCCUUCCUCGCCCACUUUCUCCUCACUGCUCAUGCUCAGAGUCUCCCCCCGGCAAAAUUCGACGGUUUCGUAUACGGAAACCACUCACUAGACUUGAACACCAUCCUCAUCGAGGCGUUUUUCGAUCCGGUUUGCCCCGACAGCAGAGACUCCUGGCCACCUCUCAAGAAAGCCCUCGAUCAUUACGGCUCUCGCGUUCGUCUCGUCAUUCACCUCCUCCCUCUACCUUAUCACGAAAAUGCAUAUGCAACAUCUCGUGCUUUACAUAUUGUGGAUUUGGUGAAUCCCUCGGAUACAUUCAAAUUGUUGGAAGCAUUCUUCGGGGAUCAGAAGCAGUUUUACAAUGCCGAAACUCGUUAUUUGUCAAGGGCUGCUGUCAUGGAUAACAUUGUGAAGUUUGGAGUUGAAGUACUAGGGGACUCCUACAAAAACACUCUGGUAACUGGUUUCAGUGACAGGGAAACCGAUCUUUUGACACGUGUUUCUUUCAAGUUAAGCACCUCGAGAGGAGUCUAUGGAACACCUUUUUUCUUUAUAAAUGGAUUUCUAGCUCCUGAUAAAGGGUCUCCCCUAAAUUAUGCCGAAUGGAGAAACUUGAUCGACCCUUUGAUCAAGAAAAAUAAGAGAUCGGGGUCUCAGCAUCUGUCACUAUAAAGUAUUUGGUCGACAAAAAUCUCUAUAUGUCUCCAUGGCCACCCAUCUUAAAUUACUAUAUUUAUAUCUAUAUGGUUUGCAGAUGGAGAGCAUCUAAUCUUGGAAGGUAUGGGGACUUGGCUUUUAUGUGAUAAUAACCCAUUCUCCCAGAUAAAGGUGAGCCAGUCUCGAUUGGUUAUGUGAAAAACGACUUUUGCAAGUGAAAUAUUCAUUGUUAUGCAAUUGUCUAGUAAUGUGUAAGAUGGACAUAGAUUGUGUUUGAAGUAUUCCAAGGAUGCUUUCAGUGGCUUUCUCUA